AUGCUGAUGAGGUUCCUGUCCUUUGCUGUGGUAGCUGUACUAAUGGCUAGAGUGUUUGCUUCCGAUGAUGAGGAGCGGCUGAUGAUGGACGUGUUUCGCGGUUAUAACAAUCUGAUUCAGCCAGUAAAGAACCUUAGCGACGUUCCCAUUAUAGUGAAAAUUGCGCUGCAAUUGGUGCUUCUUAUCAAUGUGGACGAGAAGGAUCAAGUGAUGCAUACAAAUGUUUGGUUAACACUGAAAUGGCACGAUUUUCAAAUGCGAUGGGAUCCAGUCAACUACGGUGAAAUCAAUCAGAUUCGUGUCUCGCCGGAUAAAGUUUGGCUACCGGACAUCGUGCUCUUCAAUAAUGCCGAUGGAAACUACGAAGUGUCGUUCAUGUGUAAUGUGGUCAUAAACAACCUCGGUGAUAUGCUUUGGGUGCCGCCAGCAAUUUACAAGAGCUCAUGUAUUAUUGACGUAGAGUUCUUCCCUUUCGAUGAACAAGUAUGCACGCUGGUCUUUGGAUCAUGGACGUAUAACGAGAACGAAAUCAAACUCGAAUUCGAACAAGCUGAAUGGGUAGAUCUCUCCGAGUACUCAGCCUCUUCGAUCUGGGAUGUAAUGGAUGCACCAGCAUCGUUAGUAAACAAGAGAAGUAGGAUAGAAUUUCAAGUUAGGAUACGCCGGAAAACACUAUUUUACACUGUUGUACUUAUCAUACCUACGGUUCUUAUGGCCUUUUUGAGUAUGGCGGUCUUCUUCCUGCCCACUGAUUCAGGAGAGAAAAUGACACUGACCAUUUCCGUUUUGCUGUCUAUUGUUGUGUUCUUGUUACUAGUGUCGAAGAUUUUGCCUCCUACAUCCAGCACGAUCCCACUUAUGGCAAAAUAUCUCCUGCUUACAUUCGUGCUCAACGUGAUUACAAUUUUGGUUACUGUAAUUAUCAUAAAUGUGUACUUUCGUGGACCAACUACUCACAAUAUGCCAAAAUGGGUUCGGAAAGUUUUCUUGGAGUUUAUGCCUCGUGCACUGUGCAUGCAAAGACCCAAAUCUUACACAAGAAAAGUUGUAAAGAAGCAGGAUCACAACACCGCGCAGUUACCUGGAGUGGGACAGUUCACCUUAAAUCCUUCGGCACAUCAUCCGUUUUGUCCGAGUGCGGAUGAAAGCAAUGCUUCACCGAAAACGCUCAACACCAAUGAUCUGACUUGUCAUCCGGCCACCACACACUUUUAUCCACUCUCUCCUGACGCCCUUAGGGCCAUUGAUGCAAUCGAGUACAUAACGGAUCAUCUGCGACGAGAUGACGAAUACAAAAUGUACCGUGAUGACUGGAAAUAUGUUGCUAUGAUAAUCGACAGACUGCUACUCUAUGUCUUUUUUGGGAUUACUGUAGGCGGCACAUGCGGAAUUCUGUUUAGCGCACCGUCAGUAUUUCAAGUUGUCGACCAACGAGAAGUGCUGGACAAGCUCAUCAAUCUCUACAAAACCGGCGGUAAUCCCGCUUAAUCGCCAAGCAAAUUGCGUACGGG